CUUCCGUUGUUUUGCUGCCGGGGUCAGAGGUCGAUCUUUCAGAAGUUUCUAGCACUGAAGAUCUUUAUAUGCAGCUGUGGGUAUAUAAGUUAAUCUCACUUUAUUAUUUACGGCGCUUCAUUUUUUGUAACGAUGUUCGGAUGUCUCGUCGCUGGCAGACUGGUUCAAACAGACGUGCAGCAAAUCGCCACCGAUAAAUUCGUCUUUAAUCUGCCGGACUACGAGCACGUGAAUCAUGUGGUGGUCUUCAUGUUGGGCACGAGCCCUUUCCCGGCCGGUAUGGGUGGUGCUGUCUACUUCUCUUUCCCAGACCCUUGUGUCGGUCAGGUGUGGCAGCUGUUAGGCUUUAUAACUAACGAGAAGCCCAGUGCCAUAUUCAAGAUCUCUGGUCUGAAAGCUGGUGAAGGUGGAGCUCAUCCGUUUGGAAUGAUGGAUGUUCCUCAGGUCUCGUCCAUGGCUCAGAUCGGAGUCUCUGUGGAAGCUUUGGAUUCGCUGGCACAACAGACACCAGUGUCAAACGCAACCGUUUCCACAGUGGACUCAUUUACUCAGUUUACACAGAAGAUGUUGGAGAGCUUGUACAACUUUACUUCUUCUUUUGCACUGACACAAGCACAAAUGACGCCUAACCCUUCAGAGAUGUAUGUUCCUGCCAGCUCCAUCCUCAAAUGGUAUGAAAAUUUUCAAAGACGGAUGGUGCAAAAUCCUAACUUUUGGAAGACGUAACAGUUUGUUGUUUUAUUUUAACAGUUUGACUUGUUGCGUUAUUGAGGAGUAAUUCACAUCUAGAUUUGAUGAAGAGUUUAAUCUCAGUCAAAAAUCUGAGAUUUUGUUUUUCCUCUGUUGAAUAUUUGCCGGCACAUCAUGAACUCAUUCUUUUUACAUACAAAAGACAUUUUUAUAUGCUGAACUCAAAAUAAAUGUCUGUUUGAUCCA